UUCAUCGCGAAUCGCCCAUCACUAGUUUGCAGUCGGUCGCCCGCGCGCUCUCUCCCUCUUCCCCGACCUGCCAUGGAUGUUACGCCGGCUAAAUAUGCGUUCAUCAUUAUUUUGCUUCACUUUCAGCACACAAAGCCUCUCUAUAUCACCGACAGCAUAGAUUCCCUGCAGCAUGUCCUGAAGGAGUACGCCCUGGUGAAGCCGGUGAGCGUGGACACGGAUGGACGCUUCCUCUCCCACGCCGUCUCGGCUGACCGCCUGAGUGGGCUGCAGCACCGGCGCAGGAGGAGAGACACUCACGGGCACAGAGGGCCAGAGCACCACGAGACACUCUUUUACAAUGUUACUGUUUUCGGACAGGAGUUUCACAUGCUCUUGAGGCGCAACUCACGCUUGGUGGCCCCGGGAGCGACUCUGGAGUGGCACGAGGAGGAUAACCAAACCCGGACAGAGCCACUACUGCCAAGCAAAUGCCAGUACGUGGGCCAUGUUACUAAUGUACCAGAUACUUCAGUGGCCAUUAGCAACUGUGACGGCCUGGCGGGCAUGAUCCGCGCAGGUCAGGAGGAGUUCUUCAUCGAGCCACUGGAGAGAGGAGGCGACAUGACAGGAGAGGAGGAGGGUGGAUCCGGGCGACAUCACAUCCUCUACCGCUCAUCUGACAUCAAGAAACCAGCCAUCAGUCAUGCCGACUACUUUCACCCCAGAGGUUCAGUACUGGGUGGUCUGGCUGGAGUGGAAGCCAUAUCCAAAGGUUUUAAGCCAAAAGUGAACAGCAGCAGGCGUGCACGCAGACAAUCCUACCAGGACGAGAUCUUCAACAUCGAGGUGCUGCUGGGAGUGGAUUGCUCCGUGGUGCAGUUUCAUGGCCGAGAGCAUAUUCAGAAAUAUCUGCUCACCCUUAUGAACAUCGUGAAUGAGAUCUACCAGGAUGCCUCACUCGGUGCUCAUAUCAACGUGGUGCUGGUGCGAAUCGUGAUGCUCUGCUCAACCAAGUCCAUGGGACUGAUUGAGCUAGGGAACCCAUCUCAGAGUCUGGAGAAUGUGUGUCGCUGGGCUUUUCUGCAACAGAAAGAGGACGAGAACGAUGCAGAGUAUCACGAUCAUGCCAUCUUCCUUACCAGACAAGAGUUUGGACCGACGGGCAUGCAGGGUUACGCUCCAGUGACAGGCAUGUGUCACCCAGUGAGGAGCUGCACUCUGAAUCAUGAGGAUGGUUUCUCGUCUGCUUUUGUGGUGGCUCAUGAGACAGGACACGUAUUAGGGAUGGAACAUGACGGACAGGGUAAUGAGUGCGGAGACGAGGUGCCGAUGGGAAGCAUCAUGGCUCCGCUGGUGCAGGCGGCCUUCCACCGCUUCCACUGGUCCCGCUGCAGCCAGCAAGAGCUCAGCAAAUACCUCAAUACCUACGACUGUCUGCGUGAUGACCCCUUCGAUCACGAGUGGCCGUCCCUGCCUCAGCUACCCGGUCUUCAUUACUCCAUGAACGAGCAAUGUCGCUUUGACUUUGGCAUGGGUUACAUGAUGUGCACAGCGUACAGCACCUACGACCCGUGCAAGCAGCUGUGGUGCAGCCAUCCUGAGAACCCGUUCUUCUGCAAGACCAAAAAAGGCCCUCCCAUUGACGGCACCAAGUGUGCUGCAGGAAAGAACUGCUUUAAGGGUCACUGUAUCAAGCUGACGUCGGACAUCCUCAGGCAGGAUGGACACUGGGGGCAGUGGACUAAGUUUGGCUCCUGCUCACGUACCUGUGGAGGAGGCGUCCGUUUCCGCACCCGCCAGUGUGACAAUCCCAUCCCGGCCAAUGGUGGGCGCACAUGCUAUGGAAAUAACUAUGAGUUCCAGCUGUGUAACACUGAGGAGUGUGCCAAGGAUCUUGCCGAUUUCCGAGAGGAGCAGUGCAAGAUGUGGGAUCCACAUUUAGAGCACCAGGGGGCCAAGCACCAGUGGCUGCCAUAUGAACAUCCUGACCCUGAGGAGCGAUGCAACCUCUAUUGCCAAUCUAAAGAAAUAGGAGAUGUGGUCCCCAUGAAGAGGAUGGUACACGAUGGCACGCGCUGCUCCUAUAAGGAUCCCUACAGCGUGUGUGUGAGAGGAGAGUGCGAGAAAGUGGGCUGUGAUAAUGUCAUCGCCUCUGAGCUGGAGGAAGAUAAGUGUGGUGUGUGUGGAGGGAACAACUCCACCUGCAAGAUCGUCAAAGGCAACUUCACUCGGAGCACCAGGAAGCCAGGUUUCCUGAAGAUCCUGGAAAUUCCCAGAGGAGCAAGACAUGUCCUGAUCCAGGAGUUUAAAGGAUCUCCUCAUAUUCUGGCGGUGAAGAACCAAGCCACCGACGACUUAUUCCUGAACAAUGAGGGCGAGUUUCCUGAGACCAGAUCAGUGAUCGAGAAAGGUGUGCUUUGGGAGUAUACCAACAAUGAUGACAUGGAAACAGUCCAGACCACAGGCCCGCUGAGAUACGGAGUCCUCAUCAUGGUCCAGUCUCAAGGUACAUCUAAAGUCACUCUGUCCUACAAGUACAUUCUACCAGAGGAUCCAUCAUCAUCUAUGGAGAACAGCUUACCUCAGGAUGACAUAGUGUACUUCGAGUGGGCUCUGAAGAAAUGGUCUCACUGCUCCAAGCCGUGUGGUGGAGGUAAGCAGUAUACACGAUUCGGAUGUCGCAGGAAGUCAGAUGGCAAAAUGGUGCACCGCACGUUCUGCGCCAACAUCCCCAAACCCCGUGCCAUCAGUCGAGCCUGUAACGUGAAACAGUGCUCCGAGCCCAUUUGGGUGACUGGAGACUGGGAGGAGUGCAGUAAGUCAUGUGGUAAGACGGGGACCCAGACUCGGCCUGUGCGCUGUGUGAGGCCUCAGGAAGAUGGCACACACAAAACUGUCAACUCCAAAUACUGCGGCGAUGAUCGGCCCGAGAGCCGGCGCUCCUGUAAUCGGCACCUCUGUCCUGCUCAGUGGAGAACUGGACCAUGGUCCCUGUGCUCCGUCACAUGUGGAAAUGGAACCCAGGAGCGGCAGGUUAUGUGUAGCACUGCUGAUAACACCAUCGGCAUCUGUAAGGACACAAAGCCAGAAAACAUCCGGAGAUGUCAACUGGUGCCAUGUCCAAACGAUAAGGGGAACUUCCUGAUCCAGUGGCUUUCCAGAGCAGACCCCGAGUUCCCGGCGCCCAAGAUCUCCUCAAGAGUGCGCUGUAAAGGCGACAAGUCAGUCUUCUGUCGUAUGGAGGUGCUGAGUAAAUACUGCUCGAACCCUGGCUACAAGCAGAUGUGCUGCAAAUCCUGCAACGAAAGCAACUUCACCUCAAAUCUUAACCUGACCUACACCACCACCAUCACCACCACCACCACAUCUCCACGCUCUCACCAUCUCCACACCACACAGCCCAUCACCCACAUCUCCACCUCCAGACCUAGCAGCACCUCCACGCCUUGGAGAUACACCACAACUCUGAACCCGCUCAGCCUGAGCCGAGGAACUGCGUUUCCCAGCACCACCAGCUCCAUCCUGGAGGAAACGGACGGUCCGAGCACCUCAUCCGACGAGGAGGAAAUCACAGAACCCUGGAGAGUCGAUAUCAUCGAGGAGGUCUCAGAGUCCACGUCUGGGUUCGAGGAACUUUUACCAGCCACCACUGAAUAUGUAGUAACCGGAAAUUUGGUUACAACGUCAACACAAUCCAGGUUUACUAGUACAAGUCUUCCGACUGUAGUAAGUCUUCAUAUACCAGAAGACAGAAAGGAGAACAACUCCAUCGAUGUUUCGUACAAAGUUGUUAACGGUAACGAAGUCACUCAGAACUACUUUAUACCUAAAAAGCGAGUAUCCUUCCGAGAGAGAACGCAGAAUAAAAGAAUUCAACAGCUCCUUGAGGAAAAAAGGAGGCAAGACUUUCUUAAAAUACUCAAACGGAAACCUGGAGACUGAUUUGGAGGGGUUUUUUUUCUUUCUUUCUUUCUUUCAGUGUCAUGGAAACACUUCUGUCUCUGAGAUGUAUUAUAACAUCUGUGGUAAAUUCACCGUCCGAAUGCUGUUAAGUGCCAGAGCAUUUAUCUGUUUGCAUUUGUUUCUGUUUUCGUAUGAACGCUUUGCACUUUUUUGCUCUCACAAUACACACAAUCCUGUAAUAAAUGUAGUCAUAGUGAGUCGUUUAAUCUGGAAACAGGGUUGUUCAGUUACAGGAAACAUUUAUAUGAAAUAUACACUCAGCAGCCACUUUAAUAGGUGCUCAUUCAUGCAGUUAUCCAAUCAGCCAAUCACGUGGCAGCAGCUCAAUGCAUAAAAUGAGGUAGAUAUAGGUCAAGAGCUUCAGUUAAUGUUCACGGCAAACAUCAAAAUGAGGAGAAAAUGUAAUCUCAGUGAUUCUGACUGUGACAUGGUUGUUGGUAUUGUGAGUGUGAGUGUGUGAGUAUUUCAGAAACUGCUGAUGAUCUGCCAUUUUCACGCACAACAGUCUCUAGAGUUUACACAGAGUGGUGCGAAAAACAAAAAAAAACAUCCAGUGAUCUGUCAUCCGGCAGUUCUGUGGGCGGAAACUGCUGUUGUAGUCUAUCCUCCUCAAGGUUCUACAUGCUGUGCGUGCUGAGAUGCUUUUCUGCUCACCACGGUUGUAAAGAGUGAUUAUUGGAGUAACUGUAGACUUCCUGUCAGCUCAAAACCUGUCCAUUCUCCUCUAAUCUCUCAUCAACAAGGCAUUUUUGCAAACUGAUGCUCACUGGAUGUUUUUUGGUUUUCGCACCAUUCUGUUUGAUGUCAGCAUGAACAGUAAAAACAUUAAGCUCUUGACCUGCAUCUACAUGAGUCUUCCCGCAUGAUCGGCUGAUUGGAUAACUGCAUAAACGUGCAGGUGCACAGGUGUUCCUAUUAAAGUGACCGGUGAGUGUAGACUCAAAAUCUGUUGUCUACAGACACUCUUUCAUUUUCUGCACUAAUGCAGCUCCCCUGAUGAAUUUCCCUUUCUAGGAUACAACUAAUGACAGUUAGAGAUUAGCAAGAACAUUCUGGAAAAUGUACUAAUCUGGACAAAACUUUCGAAAAGUCUGGAAUUUUUUUUCUUUUUCUACAAGACAAAGCAAGAACCCUGUUAUAUGCACGUUUUAUGUUUGUGUGUGUGUCAGUCAACAAGUUUCAAGAAAUAGAAAUACAAAAAUUUCUCAUUCAUUAUAGGUUUAACCAGCACAAUAUGAUAUACUGUUCAUUUUCUUUUUCAACACAUACAUUCUGUUGCUGAUUUAUGACAGAUACAUAACCCAUCUUUUGUUUGUAAAACCACUACUUUUCCAGCAGGAGCCACUUUCAGAUUUCAAGGAGGAUUCAAGAUUUUGAAAUGACAUUAAGACAUCCAUUGUUAGUAGUAAAAUAGGUUUCUGGUUGAUACGAAUUUAAUGCUUGUUUUUUUUUUUUUUCUCAUGUUAUUGAUCACAGUCCAUUUUCAUAUAUAUUUAGGUUUCACGCUGUUAAGGAAUAGUGCAUGCAUUUUAAACCAUUCAUGCUUUCUCUCUGUUCUUACAACGUGAGCAUGACGGACCAAAAACCUUCUAUUUUAAUUAUAUCGUUUUUGGGUUUUAUGAGCAACAUGUCAUUGUGUAGCACCAUACACAACAUUUUGUAUCACAUUCAUCUACACAUCUUGAUCUUGUACAGACAGGAUAUCCUGUCAUCCAAUUCCUGCACAAAUAUGACCCUCCUCAUCGGUGUUGUAUAUAUGAAUUUUUAUUUUUUAUAUUUAUUGAAGUGCCUUUGACUCAUUGGGAAUGUUUUAUCACUGCGCUUUGAGCUUACGUGGAAGCCAGUGCAUGCGGCACGAGCGUCUAAUACGUCUGAUCCUCGGACAUGACACUGUCCAUGCUGUCUGAAGCCAUUCUCUUCAAGACACAAGAGUGCACGCGCAUUCUUUCAUACAUUAUUUCAAUAAAAUUGCAAGCGAAGUCUUUAA